GUCAAAAUGGAGAAGACUUAUUUCUCCCUAUUCAUCCUCCUAAGUACAGCUAACUCCCCUGGAUAUUAUAUAUAAAAUAAACAUAGGAGUCUGAAAAGUGCAGAGAAGAAGGCAGACCAACUAGGGACCUUGGAACCGAGGAAUGACACCAUGGUGCGGCAGACAUCUCCAGGGCCAUGGAUCAUACAUACUCAACAGCAGCGAAAGAGGGGGAAGGAGCCUGCUACACAUCUCUGAUUUCUUCUGUGUGUUAUCCACCUCGGGAGGAUUCUACAUAUUUCACUGGAAUUCUUCAGAAGGAAAAUGGCCACUCCACCAUUUCAGAGAGCGCUGAGGAGUUGCGUACCUCCUUACCAGGCGUGCCUGGGAUGGAGCCUCGUGGCUUAUUUAGUUCUGAUUCUGGAAUAGAAAUGACUCCUGCAGAGUCUACCGAAGUGAACAAGAUCUUAGCAGACCCCCUGGACCAGAUGAAAGCAGAAGCCUACAAGUACAUUGACAUAAGUAGGCCAGAGAAGGUGAAAUAUCAGGAGGUGUGUCAUCCCAAGUUGGAAGACAAAGAUUUGGACUUUAAGAAUAAGGACACUGAAAUCUCAACAAAAUCUGAAGAGGCCCGUGAAGCAGAGAAACCAGCUCCUGUGGAGGGGAAAAUCCUCAAGGACCAUUUAUUUGAAGAAUCAACAUUUGCACCAUAUAUAGAUGAUAUCUCUGAAGAACAGCACAGAGCUCCUCUGAUUACUGCCCCCAUCAAAAUCACGCUGACUGAGAUCGAGCCUUCUGGUGAAACUGCCACCCCAGAGAAGACCCCUGAGAAGCAAGAUAUCUGCCUGAAACCAAGUCCUGACACAGUCCCCACCGUCACCGUCUCAGAGCCUGAAGAUGACAGCCCAGGAUCCGUCACUCCUCCGUCUUCUGGAACAGAACCAUCUGCCGCAGAAUCCCAGGGGAAAUGCAGCAUCUCCGAGGAUGAGCUGAUCACUGCCAUUAAGGAAGCAAAGGGGUUAUCCUAUGAAACAAAAGAGAGCCCGCGGCCAACCGGCCAUGUGGCCGAAAGGUCUGAGGGCAAGGCCAGGUCCGGGCUGCCCACCAUCCCCAGCCCCCUGGACCACGAGGCCAGCAGCGCGGAGUCCGGGGACUCGGAAAUAGAGCUGGUGUCCGAGGACCCCAUGGCCGCUGAGGACGCGCUGCCCUCGGGCUACGUGACCUUUGGUCAUGUGGGCGGCCCGCCGCCGUCACCGGCCUCGCCAUCCAUCCAGUACAGCAUCUUGAGGGAGGAGCGCGAGGCCGAGCUGGACAGCGAGCUCAUCAUCGAGUCGUGCGACGCCUCCUCCGCCUCGGAGGUGCCCUCUGGAGACGGAGCCCCCAUACCCGAGGGGCCCGCGGCGCCGUGGAAACCUGUGGAAGCUACGAGUUCUGACCAAAGCCCCGCAGCCACAAAGGGCCCUGGGCCUCGAGGUCCUGGCGUCGCGCCCCCUCUGCUGUUUCUCAAUAAGCAAAAAGAUUGGAGACUAGCUUCUAAAUUCUUUAAAAUUAACAUGUUGGAAGAAGGGAACCUCGAGGAAUGUAAUAAAAUGAUAACCUGCUGCGUGGUUGCUAUUGGCCUAGACACGUGGCAUCAUGUGAGGACCAAUGGCAGCACCCGCAGGGCGGCGAACCUACACUCUCGCGUCCAGGGGCUCCCGCAUCCGCGUGCUCGCAGGCAGCCCCGGCGCCGCGCCGCGCUGAUUCGCUGCCGCGGAGACUGCGGCGCCCGCGACGCGCCCGCCCCUCGCCGCGCGCACCGGCUGGUGCAGCCUCAGUCUGUCUGCAGCCGCGGCCACCGCGAGCAGUGCUGCAGCCGGGGCUCCGACGCCUGA